GUUCCUCCGGUUCCUCAGUAACGAUGACGCUGACACUUCCUGAUACACCUGAACAGGUGAGCAGCAGUUUGACCGGAUCCAGACGGAGAGUUUAAAGCAUGAUGACACAACACUGACGCUUCAUCGAUAAAAAGUACCGACGAUGGGUGAUGGUUUGAAGACUCAGCUGGUGAGCGCCAUCCACCUGCAGGAGGUGGAGCUGCAGGAAAAACCUGCAGACAAGAAGCAGGGCAGCAAAAACAACAUCACAGCUGAUGAGACGUUCACUGUCGAAGAAGCCGUGGAAACAAUCGGCUUCGGUCGGUUUCACAUCCUGCUGUUCGUCAUCAUGGGGAGCUCCAACAUAGUGGAGGCGAUGGAGAUCAUGCUGUUGGCUGUAGUUUCUCCUGAAAUCCGAUGUGAGUGGAAGCUGGAUGACUGGCAGGUCGCUCUUGUCUCCACAAUGGUGUUUCUGGGUUUCAUGGUUUGUGGAGUUUUUGGAGGAUACAUCGCCGACAGAUACGGACGCUGGAAGGUGGUGUUUGGAGGUUUUGUGUGGAGUGCGUACUUCUCUCUGCUCACCUCGUUCGCUCCAUCGUACGGUUGGUUCAUCUUCCUGCGCAGCAUGGUGGGCUGCGGCGUCGCAGGCGUGUCACAGGGGUUCGUGUUGAAGACAGAGUUCAUCCCUGAAAAGCAUCGAGCCUUCCUGCUGCCUCUGGCCUCUAUCUUCUGGAUGAUUGGCUCCAUGCUGAUCAUCUUACUGGGCAUGUUGGUGGUUCCUACUCUGGGCUGGAGGUGGAUGAUCCGGAUCUCUGUCACGCCCAGUAUAAUCCUCAUCUUCCUCUUCAAGUUUAUUCCUGAGUCGGCUCGUUAUAACGUAUCAGCAGGAAAUAUUCAGGCUGCUGUUGCUACUCUGGAGAAAAUCGCUAAAAUGAACCGAGCGUCUCUUCCUCCAGGUCGUCUGGUGGAGCCAGCUGUGAAUGAGAGAGGCAGCUGGAGGAUUCUGCUCAGUCCAUCAUUCAGGAGGACGUCUUUGCUGCUCUGGUAUUCAUGGUUUGUGGCUUCCUUCAUUUAUUACGGAUCAGUGCUGAGCAGCUCGGAGCUGUUAGAGAAGAACUUGUUGUGCGUGACAGACGCAGACCGAGAGCAUCGAGUCAAACACCAGCAUGAGGACGGACUGUGUUACUGCAUCCCCUUCGCACUGAGCGACUACCAGACGCUGCUCAUCAGCUGCCUCGGAGAGGUCGCACUGAUCCCGAUAAACAUCUGUCUGCUAAACGUGUUUGGACGGAAGAUGAGUCUGACGGUGCUGCAGCUGCUGUCCGCCAUCUUGUUCAUGAUACUCAACAUUUGUACCACCAUGUUAGGGUUCACGGUGUUGCUGUUCCUGCUCCGCUCUCUGGUCUCCAUGAAUUUUAAUGUAGUUUAUAUUUACACUGCUGAGGUGUAUCCGACGGCGGCCCGGUCUCUGGGGAUGGGUUUCUGUACGUCGUUCAGUCGGAUCGGAGGAAUGAUCGCUCCGUUCAUCGCUCAGGUACUGAUGUCUAAGUCCGUGAUUGAGGCGCUCAGUCCGUUCGCGGUGGCCUGUGUGAUCUGUGCUGUGGGAAACUUUCUCCUGCCUAUAGAGACGAAAGGACGAGCGCUGCUGCAAAACUCUUGAUGACUUCGAUGAAAACAAGCUGUUACCUGUAUAAAUAUGUGAAUUAUCAGCUGUUUCUGUGUCUUUUGUUUGUUUUUUAUUGUUAAUUAGAGUCACUUGGCACAUUAUUCAAACUUUUUUACAGUUACAAACUUUAAUUAAAUAAAUGAAUUAACUUAAACAGGCUUUAUUAGUUUAAAACAUUUUAUCUAUGAUGUUAGUUGUUCAGCUGUUCACUUCUGACCACAGUGACUGCCAUUGGACACUAGAUGGAGUUCAUGCUGCUGAUUAAACUGUGCAGUAACUGUA